UUUUGUCAACUGAGGAAGAAUGUUUUUAUGAAAAGGUCUACACGUGGUUUAAUAAGGGUAUCGGAGUGUUAUUCUAUCACUUGUGAGGCAGAAUCGAAACAAAAAGGGUUAACUUUAGCUGGAAUAAAAUAUCGUUGAGGAAAGGAAUACACAUUAAGUCUAAUAAAGAAUUAUUUGCGGAAUCAUAUUGAAACAUUCUGGCGAUACUUGCAUGUUUAGAAUUUUGUUUAUUUGAAUAAAGAUAUAAACUAUUUGGAACAGGUGGCACAAAAUAGCGCGGAUGGAUUCUGAUGUGUAAGUUGUGUUCUCUAGUUUAAGAAAAAAUAUUUAAACAUUAAUUUGCUUAUAAAAUAACCACGAUGACUUCAAUGGACAUGCAGGAUGAUUUAUCUCCAGGAAGUAGCCUUUCGGACAGAGAUUCGGACAUGGCUAAACAUUGUGGUGACCACGUCAAGCGCCCAAUGAACGCUUUCAUGGUGUGGUCAAGGGGCCAGAGACGUAAGAUGGCGCAAGAAAACCCCAAGAUGCACAAUUCUGAAAUCAGUAAACGCCUUGGUGCUGACUGGAAGCUUUUAACUGAGGAAGAAAAGCGGCCAUUUAUCGACGAGGCUAAACGACUCAGGGCAUUGCAUAUGAAAGAGCAUCCCGAUUACAAAUACAGACCACGCCGGAAACCAAAAUCACUAAUGAAGAAAGACAAAUAUGCUUUUCCAAUGCCUCUGGUUCCCGGUUUCAACCCAUUUAAUGGACUGCCACCAGCAUACCCAGCUUUCUCUGCCAGCCAGGCGGAGAGUGCGAUGAAUCAGGCACUUCUUAAUGAAAAAAUGAGAGCAUUUCAACCACCAACCAGUAUCCCAACCAGUUUAUCAUCUCAUCCAUUACUCUCACAUUUGGAAAAUAGCAGCAAACUUGACAGUUCUAGUUUACCAAUGCGGACAUCUUUAUCAGAACAUAUGUCGUCACAAAUGACGUCAUCGUUAUACUCACAAUAUCUUCAGGCUCAAAGCGCGGCUUUGGGUUCACUUCCCGCGCCUGCGCAUACAGGACAUCCGGGUCAAUAUAUUGUGCCAUGCUGCCCCCCAUCUUAUCUUCCUUCUAGCAGUGACGUUCAUCGACCUCUAGCGUAUGUUCUGGUCAAACCGGAAGAUCAUUACCGGCAUCCGGCCGUAUUAUAGUGCUCAAACCAUCCUCUUUUAGUGUCAUUGUACCAGAUCUUGUUGUACUUUAUGUUAUUUAGUAAAAACGAGAUUACUUUUAAGAUCUCCAGUAAUGUGCUUUUUGAUGUGCUUUUAUGGGCGUGAUGACGUAACACUUUCAAAUGUGCUUAACAGUUUUAUAUAUUUGUCAAAGAUAUUAAAUGUGUUGUUUAUCUGUUAUAUUUUACAUAAAUUCAGAAUUUGGUGCAUAAAUAUAAAGACCGCAUUUAACUGAUUUUAUUUGAGAUCUAUUAUGUUUAUAAAUGUCGAAAUUAUUUACUUUUGUACACGUUAUAUGAGUUUGUUAAAAUCAACACUCCUUUUUAUAGGGCGGAUAUAUUAUUUAACUCAUUUAAACAUAUAAUGAUUCGAAAUGUUUUAAAGUGCAUAUAAUACCAGAAUAUGAUUUCAUUUUUUUCUAAUUAUUAGGAAGGACACAUUCACAGAAAGAUUUAGAUCUAGUCUAAAAAGAAUAUCGUAAUAUUUUUGUGAAAAAAAAAAAAAUAUUCAUUUACAUGUAUACUGCAAGAUACAUGGCAGUUUGAAGCAUUUAUCUAAAACAUCAAAGUUAAAGGAAGUUGGUCUUCCGUGAUAUCACAAUUGGGGAAAGAAGAAUCGUAUUCCGUAUUUAAAUACAACGCUUGGACAGUCAUAACGUCAAAAAAUAGCAUUAAAUACAUACAGAGUUUUACUGGGACAACAUCAAAACGAUUCCACGAACGCAAUAUUUUGUGCUGCAGAAACACGGAACAUAUUUGUACUUCCUUGACAAUUAUUAGUUUUUGCUUACCUGAAGAAUGAAAAACAUCUUUAGAAAUACUUUAAAUCAAUUUUCAUCGUAUAUCAAAGAAAAAAAUGCUUAUUUAAUUUUUAUCAAUUUAAAUUGUGCAGUGUGUUUACUUUAUCGGUAAUGCAGUUUUCUUUUGGGGUUCUUUUUUUCUCGUUUUUUUUUUUUCAAAGCAGUAAUGUACCGGUAAGUUUUUGUUUAUACAAGACUUAGUUAACAUUACAGUUUUUGUCGACCAAAUGUGUUCAUUACACUGGUAUCAAUAUUUCUAUAAUUCAAACGAAGGACAGGAAAUGUCUCGGAAUCUGUAUUGAUUUACUCAUUUUUUCAUGUGUUUUUGUUAAGGCCAAUAAAAUUAAACAUUUGUUUAACAGAGCGUGCAAACUCUUUUUUUUUUUUAAAUAUAAACAGAUAGUUAGUGUAGGAAGGGAUUUGAGUUUAUUAUAUUACAUGUUUAUCAGCGAACUAAUGGAAAAUAUUAAGAGUGAAUUAACAUCUGGUAAUUUCACAGCGAGGAGUAUCAAAUAUACUUUUCAUAGGUACAGAACUUAAAAAAAAGGUUAAACGUUGGCUGAAACCAUUGAAAGGACACGAAAUAUAAAAGAAAAUUGGUUUCUGUCACAUAAAUCAAACGUUAUUUUUUUUUCAGUUGAAACGGAAAAAAUAGUCCCAUAUACCUUACUGAAGUAAAUUUUUGCUCAGUGCAAAACUCAAGUGGAAGUAUAGAAUUAACAAUACGAGUUCAUAGGUGCAAAAUAGACCACAUGCAGUCUUGUUAAAUGGUACGACAAAUCGGAAGUGCAAUGAUAAUCCUUAGAUCAAACAAUUGCAUAAAAUCCAUCAAAAUUAUUUUUUAACCUGUUACCAGUGAAAAAAAAUUGUCCAACACCACGAAACGAAGAAGAAAUAAAUAAAAUGGAAUAAACAAUGAAAUUUUAACCAUCCCAACUGUAAAAGCGCGUAAACACUUUGACCUCAUAUGUAGGUGUUUAUUUUAUUGGUUUUAUACAAUGCAUGUUUAUGUUUAGGUGGUGUAAGGAAAUUAAUGUGCCAUCUGGUAAUAUAUCAGAUAAUCUAUUCAUCAAAACCACCUACCGAACCUAGCGUUCACGUUUCCUUGUUGUUUUUUUUUAUAUUGCCAAGCCUCUACACCCGAAACAUCAUUUCAUAUACAAUAUUCUUUUAAUCAUGUCAUUUUGACAUGGUAUUGAUUACUUAUGACAGUUAAAGUGGUUUUCAGUCUCAGAGAAGCAAUGUUUUAUGCGAUGUCUGUAUUUGUUGUUGGGUUUAAAAGCCACACCGACAUGAUUAUAUGACAACUUUCUAGCUUUACGCGGUGGUGGAACUACACAGGUGCCCCCUCCCUGCAUGA